AUGUUUAGUAUAAUGAAGUCUAAUCUUUCAAAAAGAAAGAACCAGCUAUUAGAGAGUAAAGAAGUAGCAACAGAAGACAUAAAAGUACAUAGAAUAAGACAAGAGGAAAAGAAAAGAGCUAUCCAAAGAGCAAAGGUAUACAUGCUCAUUGGGCUGGCUAUACUGUGCCAUGUUUGGGACAGUAUACUGACCGUAGAUGGGCUAAGAGGUGUCUAUAUAAAGGCAGCUUCUUUUAAAAAAGGAAAAAGAAAAGAACAGUCAAAUCGUGUUGUAAGUAUGGUGCUAAGAAAAGAAGCCAGCAACAUUGGGUUUAUGCACAGAAAGAGAUUUAUGUCACCAGAGAUACAGAAAGAUGUCACUAUAAGAAUUAGCAGAAAUGCAUCACAAGAUACUCAAUUAAACUACCAUUAUAUAAAAAACUCCAGCCUGGACAGAGUGAAUCCUAUUCUUUCAUAUACUGGUGAAAUGCUUAAAUACAAGAAGGCGUAUUUUACUACCCUUCUUGAGCUGUUCCCCUCUAUAUACGGAUAUGUGUCUAUAGUUCAUGAGAAAAAAGACUCUUUUCAUGCAUUUAUUAACAGGGUAGGUGUAAAAGAGUACAAAUAUAAAAUACUUGCCUCUCUUUUUCUGCUUGCAGAGGGAGUGGCUAUACCGCUGAAAGUUAAUAAAAGUGGGAGCGUAAUAUAUCUUGCUCUAAAGAAGGCGAAUUUACAAGAAGACCACUUUAAAGUGAAUAUCUGUGCAUCGUCUAAAUUUAUAAUUCGUGUAAUAAACUUCUUUAUAAAAAAACAAAAAAAAGAAGAAAAAUACAGUUCAAAUAUACCUAACAGCAAAGAGUUUAUAAAUAGCCCAAGCUUCCUUAUACAGACAUAUAUCAAACACAGCCUAAAAAAUAAAGAAAAAAUGAAUUUAUUUGCUCAGACAGUGUAUGCUAUGCUGACUGAGUAUGCAUUUUAUGACAAAAAAGAAAUGAAUAUGAAAGUAAAAAGAGUACUUGAAAGGUACAUCAUACAACCAGGGAAACACUCAACUAAAGAAAAUAACACAUACAUGUUCGAUAGAAUAGAGAAAACUUUAUACAAUGAUUGUAUAGAUAUUGGGCUGGAUCCAAUAUAUUUAGAGCCUGCUAUGGAUGUUGUUCCAGUUGGAGAGGAUGUAGACAAAUCUAAGGGUUUUACUGACUACGGCGAGACAGCUCUACUAGGCUUGUUCUGCGCUAUUACAUAUAACUUAAAGGAGCGCAGAUACACAAUUGACCACAUAAAGUCUGCCUCUAAGGAGCUGAAAAGCUUUUUCCAAAAGCACAGUGGCAUGUAUGGAGAAGUGUCAAAGGAAUUGCACGAUGAGUGGAACCAAGUAGUGGGCGGCCUAGCCAACAAGAAUAUACAAUAUAUGCGGCCAGACAGAAACCAGCUUGUGCCAGGAAUGAUUAACAUGAUGCAUGUUAUUAAAGAGAUAACAGGAGUGGGUAAAACAGAGAAGAUAAAUAAGUUUAGAGAUAGGCUGUAUGAAAUAACUGAGAUAGAUGUUUAUUCCAAAAUUAAAAGUUUUUAUCAUAAAUUUAAGAAAUCUAGUAAUAGUACUAAACAGAAGUUAACUAGUAUGGAUAAAAAAUCUGAAAUUUAUACCUCUAUAUAUAGAGAACUCUUAACAUAUCCUUCGACUAUGGAAAAACUGUAUCAAGAGAAACUAAAAAGUGCAAAAAGCAAAGAAAAAAACAAUAGAAUCCACCAAAAGCUAGAGCAAAUAUUGAAGAUAGAACGCAAUAUAAACACAGAUAUCCUUCAAUCAAUAGAAAUCUAUAUGAAUCAUCAGAAAGAUCUGAAGAAUGAACUAGCAGAUGCCAUGGAAAAAUAUAUGACCAAGCUAAUUAAGCAAAUUGCUCUAAGUCAAAGUGUUGCUGUUCAUACGCAUCCCAAACAUAAACAUACUUAUAAAGAAAGAUUUAGUGAUAUAGCUGGAAAGAUAGGGAUACUUUAUGAUAAAAGCAAUGAACAGAACCAGGCUGAUCCUUAUGCCCAUCCCUAUUGGUAUGAAUGUCAUAUUUCCAUCAAUUGCCACAUUGAAACAAAAAAAAUAGAAUGGAACGCGUGCUUUAUGAUGUAUAGAAAAAACGAUGAGGUGGGGGGUACAGAUCCAUUUAUUAUAAAGAGUGUUAAAAAGAAUAUAGACCAAAUUAAAAAAAUCAUUGCUUUUAGUAAAAUCAAUUCUAACCCAAGUACAGAUAUAAAUCUCACAUACUUAAAUAGCGAAUCGAACAAUUAUAUUGAUACUCUCCUGCUUGAACCAAGAAUUAAUAGUCCAGAAUACAGAACAGAAUUUAUAUCGAAAAUACGGGAAUGCGGACUAAAACCAGAUUUUGGCAGUAUACAAUAUCCUCUUUUUUUCCUAUUAGAGAACAUAUUGAAAAGUACUUACACAACAAAUGGUAAUUAUGAUGACAGCAUUUUUAUAUUGAAUUGGCACUCCGCAAAGAAAGCAUACUAUUCAAAUAUAGUUAUAGGUAGCGAUAAAGAACGUGACUUUGCUUAUUUUAUAUCUAUGUUAGUAAAAUUAGUAACAUACAAUGACAUUGGGCUUUUAUUUGAUGAACCUUGUGCUAUAAUAAUCGCUGAUAUAAUAACUAAGUUUGAAAACGAUUUUCUCUACACUGUGUACUAUGCAAAACCCACUUUUUAUGGUGGUGAGAAAUGUCAGAAAGAAAAAUAUUCAUUUAUAGAGCUUUUAACAAAGAAUGGAACUGAUCCAAAGAAAAUUUAUAGAAUUUCUGAACUUCUAAAGAAAGCAAAAGGAGGAUGUGAGGAUGGAUCGACUAACAAUCUAAAUUAUAUGUUCUUAGAGUGGAUGAUAGCAAUAAUGGAAGAAUCUAAAGACUCUAGAUGGAAUAAUAUGAUAGAAAUAUGCAGAUCCAUUAUGAUAUAA